UCGAUUGCACGAUAAUUUAGACCCCAAAAAAAAAUUUGCAUGAUAAGAACGAAUUUCCAUGUACAGAUCCUGAAAAGGACUCAUUUCAUUCCAAGACGGUCAUGGAGAAAUUUCAGCACGGAAAAAAGUUUGAAUAAUCUUUAUUGGGAAAGUUCCUAGCAAAUAUACGGAUUCAAAUUAAAUUUUGCUCGUGAAAACGCAUUUAAGGGACUCUGCACUUUUGAUUAGAUUGUGCGACUUCAAGCAAUCCUCUUCCUGAAAUGGGUCUAGGACUCAAGCUUUUCAUCUUGACCUUCCUGCUUUCAAUGGCAUUUUCAGAAUCCCGAGGCCCCGGCACAAUAAAGAAGCUGUUCAAAGGGCCGUUUGACGAAUCUGACUACCAUAUGUUUAGAGUCCUUAAACCGGCAACGAUCAGCAACAGCGCCCUCCAAGUGACACCGGACUCUGCUGGGAACUACCCUCUCUUCAACCAAUCCGGAAGAAUUAUGUUCAAAGAUAGUUUCAAGCUCCAUGACAAAGGAGCGAGAGUGGCCUCAUUCAACACCUCUAGUUUCAAGCUCCAUGACAAAGGAGCGAGAGUGGCCUCCUUCAACACCUCCUUCUUCAUCAACAUCAAUAACCUCAGCAGCAGUACUUCAGGCCACGGAGAGGGCAUGGCGUUUGUGAUAGCGCCCGAUCUCAACCUUCCCCCUGGUAGCGAAGGGCAGUACUUGGGCCUGACCAAUGCCUCCACUGACGGAAAUGCCACCAACCACCUUGUGGCUAUCGAGUUCGACACCUUCAAGGAAGACUUUGACCCCGACAACAACCACAUCGGUCUCAAUAUCAAUAGCGUAUUAUCAAAACAAAAUGUGUCCUUGUCUGAUUUUGGCAUCCAGCUUAUGCCCGAAGGUGCAAAAAAUUUCACGAUCUGGAUACAAUAUGAUGGAGUGAAUAAAACUCUGGAGGUUUUCAUGGUGGCUGAAGAUAGUACUGUACCCGCCAAGUCGAGACCGAACAAUCCUGUAAUGAUUGCAAAAGAUCUCGACAUUGCGGAAAUUGUGAACGAGCACUCCUAUUUUGGUUUUGCAGCAUCGACAGGCGAGGCAGCAGAGUUGCACUGCGUGCUAGGAUGGAAUCUGACGGUGGAGAAGCUUCUGGAGGAUGAGGGUCUCGUGAUCGAGGCAAAGAUUGCCUUGGGUGCUGGGAUGCCCCUUUUGGUGAUUCUCUUGGCAGGCUGUUGGCUACAUCUUAUUCUGUCCAAGAAGCGUGAAAAGGCCAAUGACCCAAAAAUACUGGUGACCCUAAAGUGCCUCCCUGGGGCUCCAAGGGAGUUCCAGUUCAGGGAAUUAAAGGCAGCCACUGAUAACUUCAACGAGAAAAACAAAUUAGGACAGGGCGGUUUCGGUGUGGUUUACAAAGGAGUUUUGUCAAAGGAGAGCCUGGAGAUUGCUGUGAAGAGAUUCUCCAGGGACAACGUCAAGAGCAAAGAUGAUUUCCUGGCUGAGCUUACAAUCAUCAAUCGGCUCCGACAUAAGCAUCUUGUCAAAUUACUCGGGUGGUGUUACCAGAAAGGGAAGCUUCUCCUGGUGUACGAGUACAUGCCUAAUGGUAGCUUAGACGCGCACAUAUUCUGUGGACCAGAGAAAGCAACCAUAAGAUGGGACAUCAGAUACCAGAUCAUAUCAGGAGUUGCAUCAGCUUUGCACUAUGUGCACAAUGAAUAUGAUCAGAAGGUUGUGCACCGAGACCUUAAGGCCAGCAAUAUCAUGCUUGACUCUAGCUUCAAUGCCCGGCUAGGAGAUUUCGGGUUGGCACGAGCCAUAGAGAAUGGGAAGACCUCCUAUGCGGAGAUCGAAGGUGUACCGGGUACUCUUGGCUACAUUGCACCCGAGUGCUUGCACACAGGUAAAGCCACUAGGGAAUCUGACAUCUACGGCUUUGGAGCAGUGGUUCUCGAGGUUGUGUGCGGCCAGCGACCAUGGACCAAGAUUGGCGAAUUCAGCUUCCUGGUGGAUUGGGUGUGGUCGCUCCAUCGUGAGGGGCGAAUCCUCGAGGCAGUUGACGAGAGGCUAAGAGGAGAUUAUGUGGCAGAGGAGGCGGAGCGGCUGCUGCUCUUGGGUCUGGCAUGUUCACACCUGAAUGCAAGCGAGAGACCCAAAACACAGGCCAUUUUGCAGAUUGCUUCAGGAUCACAGCCGGUGCCGUAUGUCCCACCGUCUAGACCAGCCUUCGUGUGGCCCUCAGCAGGUGCUGUGGAGGUGAACAUUGAUUCAGAAUAUACAGAUGACUUAACUGUCUCGAUUCUGCCUUAGACCAUUGUUCACUGAGAUUCUUUCUCGAUGAGUGGGUCGCAACUCAUGAUUUAAUGGAGGCAUCAGCUCACUUAUGGAGCCUAUAUUUGUUAAUUUAUGUACCCUGUGAAGAAUGACGUUUCUUCUUUCAUUCAAUGUACUGUCAGGAUACGGUGAACUACUGUGUUACUUGUUUAAUUUCCUUUCUAAGCUAUCUAUUAAGUUGGACUUGGCUUGCUAAA